GCCGGCGGUUUUCGCCAGCGGGUCAACGAGGCUAGCAAGCCACUCGACGGACUUCGCGUCAACAUGCUGUGGUUGCGGUCGCGGUAGUUUGUCGGUCGCGCCUUCAAUCCAUGCAGGAAGGCGUGUCCCUGCAUCAUUAUGUCUCUCUCCGUGAGCAGUAAGAACUGGAAGCCCUCAACGAAAGAAGACGGCGGUGCUCUCAAGGACCGGAGUUCUGGGCUUAGUCGGAUCCAGCGGCUUCGGCGGCGACUCAGCUGCAGCUUCGGACGACUUUCGCUGUCCAAGGAGGUGAUCCUGCCCGACUACGACACGGAGAACGAGAAUGUGGCCGUGACACGCGUGACAAUGAACGGCUUUGAGAAGAGUGAGAGUGUGGAAGAUGGGGCUCUGGACAAUGCACGCAGCUCGACACCGAACAGCAAUGUAGCCGGCCGGGAGCCCAAUGGCAACCUGAGCCCUGUGUGUGAGGAUAAGCUUCACUCUGAGCCCCCUGCCCCCUUGCCACCACCUCGAACCUCCUCUUCGCACAGCUACCUCAACAAAGUCUGCAAAAUGGCUGCCCGAUCCGAAGCUUCAUCAGGCAGAAGUGGGGGCCACUGGCCACGGCCCGCUCCACACAGCAGCAGCUUUGAUGAGUGCACGUCCAUGGAGUACCAGCAGAUGGCAACUGCCCGGAAACCUGCACGGCCAAAAUCUGAAAUCUUCUUCUCUCAAGAGAAGGGAUCCAAAGCACACCGGUGCCCCUCCAUGACGUUUGAGGGAAACAUGACCUUUGGUAGGAUAGAAGCCUAUGUACGACUAGAACAACUAGGAGAAGGUUCCUAUGCGACUGUCUACAGGGGUUACAGCAAUCUCAUGGGCAAAGUAGUUGCGCUCAAGGAAAUCAGGCUGCAGCCUGAAGAAGGCACACCAUUCACAGCAAUCAGAGAAGCAUCAUUGUUGCGGGGUCUUAAACAUGCUAAUAUAGUGACCCUUCAUGACAUCAUCCACACUAAAGACACACUGACAUUUGUAUUUGAAUAUGUGCACACAGACCUUAGCCAGUACCUUGAGAAGCACCCUGGUGGCCUCAACCCCAAGAACGUCAAGCUUUUUCUAUUCCAGCUUUUACGUGGUCUGUCUUACUGUCAUGAACGAGUCAUUCUUCACAGAGAUCUGAAACCUCAAAACCUUCUCAUCAGCGAACAGGGGGAGCUGAAACUUGCAGAUUUUGGUCUUGCCAGAGCCAAGUCUGUGCCUAGUCGUACUUACUCACAUGAAGUGGUCACUUUGUGGUACCGGCCACCUGAUGUGUUGCUUGGAUCAACAGACUACUCAACAUCACUGGACAUGUGGGGAGUGGGCUGCAUAUUCAUUGAGAUGAUAACCGGUGCAGCUGCAUUCCCUGGUGUCAAGGACACAACCGAUCAGCUGGAUAAAAUCUGGAGGAUCCUGGGGACCCCUACAGAGGAAACUUGGGAAGGCGUUUCUCGUUAUAAGAACUACAAACUUCACAAAUUUGGAAUGUACCCAGGCCAGCCUCUAAAACAAGCCUUCCCUAAGCUAUCAGAGAUACCGCAGGCCGAUGAAAUUGCCAACAGAUUUCUCCAGCUUCAGCCACACAACAGGAUCUCAGCUGUGGAUGCUAUGCGGCACAGCUAUUUUGCAGACAUGCCUCCCAAGGUGUACGAUCUCCCUGACCAGGCCUCUAUAUUUACAGUUCCUGGUUGCAAACUUAGUCCAGAGACUUACAAUCUCCCCAUGUCUGUGAUCAAGGCAGCGGCCAAACUGCGAUGUUAGCUGUGAUAGUAUGUCCCCAUAGGCACCCAGUCUCCACCACCUGGGCGUCGGCACAACAAUAGUCACGCCCUUGGGUCACUUUGUUGAAACGUUGACAGGUUUAUCCCUGGAGCGCUUUUUUCAUUCCUGCCAACCGGACGGGGCAAACAGAGAAGCAGAGACAGCUCGUCCACUGAACUCAAAAGUUUAUAUGAGUGUCAUCGUGGUCUUGUUGAUUGCCUGCUGAAAACAUUUUUAAAGAGGUAACUUAUUUAAAGACUGCCGAGGCUCGCCAAUGUGUGUGCAUUUGUGUGAUUGUGUGCCGAGUGUGUUUUGAUGUGUGAGCAUGUGUUUGUGUUGUUAGUGCAAGCUGACGAAUCACCCACUUCUCUUCCUGUUGUGGGAUGUCUGAGGUGAUCAGAUAAGUGUUUACAUCAUGCAGUAAACAUCACUUCCUGCCAACUGCAGGGCAACAAAUGUGUAGUAGUUACCAGCUUUGUGUGCGUCCCACUUACUCUAUGCUUGUUGUCAUGAGUGAGCCUGAAGUUUAUCAACCAUUGCUGUUUCUGUCAUCACUGAGCACAAAAAAGAAAGAAAAAAGCUUUCUGUCAUCUUUUCUGAUACGCAGGCUAUUCUGUGUUGGGCGUUGGUGCAAACAGCAUGGCUCUUAUGUUUUUUGUCUGUUUUCCCCCUCAUAUCUAAGUCCUUGGUGCUAAAGUCUGGAUUUAAGGCUGUUUCUGUGGCUUUGUCAUGCAUAUUCCAAAAUCAAGACUGAGUACCAUGAAGUUCAGAUAAGGCACUGCCUCAGGGAAAUUUUUGAGAUCUGCCACUAGUGAGGGAUGGGGUGCUCAGCUUUGCAGUGUUCAAAAAUUGUCAUGUGAGCUAAGAAAUUUGGUGACAUUUCACUCUCAUAAGGUUAACGUGGGGUCUAGAACAUUUACUAGAAAAUCACUUGGCACAGUUAGCUGUAUUAUCAGGCUCAUUUUUCAGAGUUACAUACAGACUAUGUGGAAUAUAUGUGUUUAUAAGCAUGAUAAAAGAGCUUAGAAAGAUGGACGGAAAAAUCCGAGCAAAGGAAAAAUUCAUAGAGCAGACUGGCAGCCAUUAGACGUGCAGUUUUCAUUAUUCUGAUAGUUUUUAUGGCAGUUCACACAUCCAGUGCAAGAACAUAACAGGAACUUGCUUUCCACUCAGUUUGCAUCAGUGGUAAAAAGGGCAACCUGUUGAUAUUGCAUAGAAGUUUCAGUUCUGUGUUAAAAUCAUUUUGUUAGUUGUGAUGUAAAUCGUUCAUCAAUUUGGUCCCACAAUUGCUUAAUUCAGUAUUUGAGGAUUAAUCUUUACGCUGCUGGCAGUUCUUGUACAUUUUUUUUGCUCGAAUCUCUUGCCUAAUGCCUGGCAUUUUUUGUGUGCUCAGGCUUUUUUUUUUUCUUUUCUGUUAAGUGGCAAUUUCAUAAUGCAGAUCCUGCAACAACAAGCAAACAACAGAGUUGACGCAUUGAGAGUUCAGCUCUUGGGUGUUCUCCCUGUGUUCCUCACAUUAAUUUGCUUAUUGAAGCUCCAUCAUACUUCAUUUUAUCUGGUCAGUGAAGCACAUUUGCAGUUAGCCGAUUGUCAGCAUAGUAGUGCACACCCUGUUGGUGUCACCAGCCCGAGUGUUUUUCUACAUCACUGCACAGCCGUCCCCACCUUAUAAGCUCGCUUGCCAAUCUGUCCUCAGAGAGCAAAUCGAUCGAAUCUUUUAUAUGGGGCUGCUUUUUUUUUUCUCUCUAUCUGUGCCGUCCGUGCAACUUUCUGGGUUUUCUAUGCACAUGUGUGUGUAUGUGCAUUUCAAAUUCUGCUCAUUGCCAUUCUAUGUGUGCUGUAUCCAGUUUGUGGAGCCUACGAACUGCUUCAUGACACUAGAGCAAAGCAGCAUGAUUGCAUUUGCUAGUGGCAUCGCUCUCAAUCGAACACCCAUGCAUUUGCACACUUGGACAGCAUUACAUUCGUAGAGUGUUUUGGGUGGUUAGCCUAACUGUGCCUACAUGGUACAAAUUUAA